AUGCCUUCAUACCGAUCGACACUUCGCCGUCGUCCUCACACGGUGAGACAACCCGCUGGAACACCGCCGCCGCCGUCAGUAUCCGGUAUAAUCAAACAGUGCAGAAACUCGCAGAUUUACGUCGAAGAAAUUCACAAAAGCCGACAUCAAGAUGACUCUCGUACAACCCACCGUGGAGAUGCAAAGGCACAUCCGCACCGAGCUCAACGAAGACGUGUCGACCAGGGAGAAGGACCUGGAACACAUCAAGGAAUGGUUACGUAUGCAACCACACUUGCCCCAAUUUCAAGACGAUGCCCGCAUCAUGACGUUUCUCCGAGGAUGUAA